CUUUUAAGCAGUCCUGUUGAAAUUAAAGGCAAAACUCCUAUAAUCAACGUAAUAAUAAUUACAACAAACAAUUAACAACAAGAAGAAAAAAAGUCCUGAGAAAAAAAAAAGAAGCUUUGGGAACAUAAACACCAUCGAAAAGGGUGGUCUUUAUGUUCAUGAGUGGAGCUUCUUGGCCAACCGACCCCAUCAUCAUCAUCUCAUUACCCACUUUCUUCCCCUAAAUUAUUCUCUCUUAUCUCUCUCUCUUUUUUUUUAUUCUUUCUUUCUUAAUUCAUCAAAAAUCUCUCUGCUUUUUGCUUUUUCAAUUUCUUACAUUCCACUCCAAUAUUAUUAAUCCCCGGAUCUCCGAUCCACCCACAAACUUAGAAAAUUUCUGCGAUUUGAUCAUUUGGGUCACCAAAAGAUCUUGUCUUUUGAUUUGGGUUUAACGCCAAUAAUCAUAUGGGAAACAUUAGCAGCAGCGGUGGUGAAGGUAGACGCCGUCGACGGCGAAACCAUACGGCGGCUCCACCACCACCACCUCCUCCUUCUUCUUCUCUUCCUCCACCACCUCCAGCUACAGAAAUCCAAGCUAAUCCCAUCGUUUUCGCCGCCGUUACUCCGUAUCCAAAUCCUAAUCCUAAUCCGGUUUACCAGUACCCUGCUUCUUACAUCCACCAUCCUCCGCCGGGAACCAUGUCGGGUCCACCUCUUCCGCCGUACGACCACCACCUCCAUCAUCCUUACCACAACCACUCUUGGGCCCCCGUGGCGAUGGCCAGAUACUCUUUUGCUGGUCACAUGAUGGCUCCCCCGACUCCUUACGUUGAACACCAGAAAGCCGUCACGAUUCGUAACGACGUUAAUCUUAAGAAGGAGACUCUCAGGCUUGAACCCGACCCCGAUAAUCCGGGUCGGUUUCUCGUCUCCUUCACGUUUGAUGCAACCGUCUCCGGAAGGAUUAGUGUCAUUUUCUUUGCUAAAGAAUCCGAAGAUUGCAAUCUCACAGCGACCAAGGAAGAUAUUCUGCCACCAAUCACCCUAGAUUUCGAGAAAGGACUUGGUCAGAAGUUUAAACAAUCAUCUGGUUCUGGUAUAGACUUUUCUGUCUUUGAGGACGUUGAGCUGUUCGAGGCGGCGAACACAGAUAUCUAUCCAUUGGCGGUUAAGGCAGAAGCAGCUCCCUCAGGUGAGAAUGAAGAAGAAAGGUUGGGAUCAAAGAAAAAGAAUGCGCAGAUUACUCAAGCGGUUUAUGAGAAGGAUAAAGGAGAGAUUAAGAUUAGAGUGGUGAAGCAGAUACUGUGGGUUAAUGGAACAAGAUAUGAGUUGCAGGAGAUUUAUGGGAUUGGGAAUACCGUUGAGGGCGAUGAGGAUUCAGCUGAUGAUGCUAAUGAUCCGGGAAAAGAAUGUGUGAUAUGUUUGUCUGAACCACGAGACACUACUGUUCUUCCAUGUAGACAUAUGUGUAUGUGCAGCGGAUGCGCUAAGGUAUUGAGGUUUCAAACGAAUCGAUGCCCAAUUUGCAGGCAACCUGUCGAAAGGCUUUUGGAGAUAAAAGUUCACGGUAACAGCGGAAGUGGGAACAACACCGGACAGGGUGAAACAGUUGAACCAGAAUAGCCAAACACGGCCGAGUAUGGAUUGAAAUGCCAUCUGAUAUAUUAGUAUAGGCAUGUUUGAUCCUUGUAUGUUAACAACAAAAUGUGUGAUUGUCAAUUCAUACUAUAGAGAUUACGAAAUCAUUUGGAAGUCAUAAUGACCCAAUACUUAGAAACA